CUUUCUGCCCAAUUUUUUUCCGCCUUUUAACCUCUCCUGUCAACUUUUUUAAUCCUGAAUGGGGUACAGAAAUAAAUUUUUUUUAUUCACCAGUCUAUUCCUUCAAAGACUGUAAUAGGAAAAAGGUAUCUUGAAUGAAUUGGAGAGAUUUGCAAUUUCCUGGCAAAAGUCACCCCUUUCCGGUGUCUAUUCCCACAAUUGUAGCCCCUCUCCCUCAACUCCUCCUCCAUCUUGGAGCUCCCAUUUCUCAAGCAUGGCGGAAAGUAAUCCGAGCCAGCAGCGGCCGGCAAGGCCUACCUGCAUCGCCCCUGCCUUCACUUUCCUACAAAUAAUCCUAUCUCAUGCACCCAACACCACCCCUCUUCUCGCUUUCUUAUUCAUCUUUUUCGUUUCGGCCUUAACUCUCCUAAUCCUCACUGCUCUCGCCCUCUCUGCCACCGUUCUCGGGUUCAUCUUUUUUAUGCCAUUGGUUCUUUUUACUAGCCCCAUUUGGCUCCCCGGAUGCACCCUGCUCUUUCUCACCGCUGCCGGCUUCUUGUUGGCGUGCGGCUUCGGAGGCGCCGUCGCGGCUGGCUCCACUUGGAUGUUCCGCUACUUUUGGGGCAUGCACCCACCUGGGUCCAACCGGGUUGGUUCUGCACGAACCCGGAUUUAUGACACGGCUAGCCAUGUCAAGGACUAUGUUGGAUACUUGCAAAGCAAGGUCAGGGAUGUUGCUUCUGGUGCAUGAGCAAUGGAUUUUCCCCUUCUUUUAUUACUUAGAUUUGUGAUGGUGGUUUUGUGUGUUUGAGUAAAAAACAAUGUUGUUGUUUUCAAUUGAAAUUUUUUUAUAAUGGAUCGGAUGUGUUGAUUUGUAAUAUUUAAGAUAGAAAGGUAUUGCUUGGUUUCAUCGAAAA